CACGUUGACUGGUUACCGCAUCGCUUCAUGCACGCGACAAGCGUUUUCGUGUUUUAUGUGCGGAGCGAUUAUAUGAUUUUCGUCGAGUAUUGUUGGACGUUCUGAUUGGCUAUUGGAAAGAGCAUUUUUAAAGUCCCUAACAUGUUCUCCAAAUCCCUAGAAAUUCUCUAUCUGACAUCCCAUCGACGCAUUUUAGCUACAUAAUGGCGUCAUCAAACUCUGCGAAUAAAAAAUCCUUCGAAGCAUUUGUAACGUUAAGCAGAUCGUACCUCAUGGUUUUGUAGAAUAUGUAAGGUUAAAAAUAAAUAAUAAAUUAUAAUACUAAUAAUAAGUGAAUAAAUAAAUAAGUUAUAAAACCAUCAUACGCACAACGUGUCUCCGUAGUAUGACAAUACCCAAUUUAAAAAGUUGAAAAAACCAAGUGAACAACCACCUAUUUUUAUAGAUAAAUAUCGAAGAGAAGUAGAAUACACGAUUUCACGUAAAAAAAAAAAAAAUGAGUUUCAACAAAAGCAAGGAAAUUAUCGAAGAAGGGGAUGUUGUUAUUUUAUAUUUGAAACCAAGUAACAUGCAUUCACUGGAAGUAAAGGCGAAAAUAUUGAACAAGAAAGGUGAAGAAAUCGACAAUGUGUUCCAAACAGUAUACGGUGCACUGAAGGUUUUCUCUCUUGUUGGGCAGAAGUAUGGCUCGAAAGUAGAACUAUCCCGAGGUUGGGCAUAUGUAUUGCAGCCAACACCUGAGCUUUGGACACAGAUACUGCCGCAUAGAACACAGAUUAUCUAUAGCCCAGACAUUAGCCUUAUUAUAUAUUUAAUGGAACUUAGACCAGGAAGUAUAGUUAUCGAAACAGGAACUGGUAGUGGUUCCUUGUCUCACUCGUUGAUCCGAACGAUACGUCCAAGUGGACACUUAUAUACUUUUGACUUUCACGAACAGCGUGUGUCUCUCGCCAGUGCAGAGUUUAACAGGCAUGGCUUGAGUAAUUAUGUAACUUUAAAAGAAAGAGACGUCUGUGUGGAAGGAUUUGGAGAAGAGUUAAAGCACAAAGUUGAUGCGGUUUUCCUAGAUCUUCCACAUCCAUGGUUAGCUGUGGAACAUGCUAUUGUUACUUUAAAAAGGACAGGUGGAAAACUCUGUUUCUUUUCUCCUUGCAUCGAGCAAGUCCAACGUACCUGUACAGAACUCUCGCUCAAGGGAUUUAUAGAAUUAAAUACAUACGAAUGUUUGCAAAGAGAAAUGAAGGUUCACUAUAAAUCCUUACCGGUACUGGACUUGGAGUGUUUGAAGUACAAGGUUUGUAUAUGCUCUGUUCUUGUUGUCAUCCAUACCAGACGAAUAAAAUCAGAAGUUGGAGUGAUUAUGUUUCGCGCUAAAUAUGGCACUAGAAACUAUGUAUGUCGAUAUGUAUGCAAGAUCUAUAUGAAUUUAAUGGAAUAUCGAGAUGUACCAAAAAUAGGAUUUCAACUAUUCGGCUUUGUUUCGCAUACUUUUCCUAAGUAAAAAUUGUCGACGGACGGGAUUUUGAAAGACAUUAAAAAAACAUUCGAUGGAGGGAUCUCACAGAUGAUGAGUAUGAAAUAAUAAUAUAAAAAAAAUUGACGGAUACACAACUUUCAAUUGUAGCACACGCACGAAGAUAUGGCACAGAGGAACGAAAAGGAGAAACAAGAAGAAAAACUCCUUACAGUCACUCAUGCUCACUCGUUACCU